AUGAAGAUUAAGAUAGAUCCACGGAUCUCCCUCACUAGAGGGAUCAUCCCUCUUUCUGCUGAGCCAGGACUGACUCAUGACAUCCUUGUAUCCCGCACGUCGGUCCGGCCAAACGCCUGCAAUCAAGUGACUGGGAGGUGCAAGGGAGGCGGUUUGGAGUCGCCUCCAACAAAUAAGCUCCAUAUGUCCACUUCGGGAGAACGAAAGUUCUCCCAGAAACUCAUGGGACUAGAGGCUUGCAACCUGCCUAUGGAAGAUCAAGUCAUCGGACUGACCGAGACGAGACGACGUCACCCUCUCAACGCCGUAUGUGAAACUGGAGAAGAACUGUUCUUAGGAACAUGCGACAGUAGAGGUGUUGGUGGAGUUGGCGUCCUCGUCAACGCGAGUAUGGUAAAGAACAUCGACUCUUUUGAACAACUUACGACCCGAAUCGGACGUCUGCAGAUGAGAGGAUGUGGUCCAACACCAGCUUUGAAUAUCUUCGUCGCUUACGCUCCAACAUCAAGCUUCGAAGAAGAAGAAGUCGAAGCUUUCUAUACGGGCUCUAGAUUCCGCAAUGGACAACAUCGACGAGGAAUAUGA